UCCUGCAUCCUGUUCCCCUCUCCCUUUGCUGGAACAGACUGCUUUGCUUUGUGCGCAAGUUGUGUAUCAUGAUGCGUGCGGAUUGCAUCUGGGGGCUUCUCUUGCUCCUGUCACUGAGUUUGGGAUGGACAAAAGCUCAGGCGACCAAUAACACCAGGCCUGUAUUCUACUGUGGUGGAGACCUGGUUGCAGAUUCAGGUUUCAUUGGCAGCGAGGGGUUCCCCAGCUUCUACAAACCCAACACCAAAUGCACCUGGCGGAUCACUGUCCCAGAGGGAAAUGUGGUCACGCUCUCCUUCCGCAUCUUUGACCUAGAGGCUGACUCACAGUGUCGCUACGACUAUCUGGAUAUUUACAAUGGCUAUUCCAACCUGGUGCAAAAACUCGGUCGCUUCUGUGGAACUUUCCGACCCGGCACUCAGAUAUCAACCACAAACACCAUGACACUGGAGAUGGUGACUGAUGGAGAGACCCAGACCAGAGGGUUUUUGGCCUAUUUCAGUGGAACAAAACCUUAUACAAAUGACGAGCAGUUCUGUGGGGGGAAGAUGACAAAAUCCCAGGGAGAGAUCAAGACACCCAACUGGCCUGACAGGAAGUACCCACCAGGGACCAGCUGUUCCUGGCUCAUCACUGUGGAACCUGACAGGGUGAUCCAGGUGAAGUUUGACAAAUUCGUUCUGGAGGCUGACACCUAUUGCCGGUUUGACUAUGUUGCCUUCUUUAACGGUGGACAGAGAGAUGAUUCACGCCUGAUUGGGAAAUACUGUGGCGAUCAGUCUCCUCAACCCAUUAUCAGCAGUGGCAACGAGCUGCUGGUCCAGUUCGUGUCUGACCUCAGUGUGCCAUCUGAUGGAUUCUUCGGCCACUAUAAAAGCAUCCCCCGUGGUUCUCAGCCCAUGACCGUCGACUCAGGACCCAGUACAGGAUCUGCCCCCUCAGAACGAGCAGUCAAACCUGCUGAGUCUGAACGACCCGCUGUCACCACUCAGCCUCCUGUCCCCACCACCGCCUCCCCCAAAUACGUGACUCCUUCGGUCAGACCCACAAGAAGAGGCGUCGCAAACCAAAAUCCUAAGAGGCUAGGUCCUCAGAAUCCACUGUGUGCCAGAGCCUGUAAGCGAGCUGGAAACAUCAAGAAAAGUUUCUGCUCUAGUGAAUUUGUGAUCACUGGAAAGGUUAUCUCUUUGGCCCCUGGACCCCGAGGCACUCUUUCCAUUAACAUCUCCCUCAUUAAGGCUUACAAAUCAGGACGGCUGACCAUCACACAGGUUGGAGAGACAAUGGCAGUUAAGCUCGUGUCACAGUGCAAGAAGUGCCCCUUGGUUCGCCGAGGUGGCAACUACAUCAUCAUGGGUCAGGUGGAUGAAGACGGACGUGGCACCUUGGAACCCGGUGCAUUCAUUGCUCAAUACAAAGCUGUUCACCACAAACUAUUGAUGAAUAUCAACAACCAACCAUGCUGAAACCCAUACUGAUGUCCUGGCCUGUAAACGAAAUCUACAAUUUCACUAAAAUAGACACUUCAGGGUGAACUAUGGAUAUAUAUAGACACAAUAUAACAAAACAGUUUAACUUUAUUUUAUAUUCAACUUUAAAGAUUCAACCAACUGAACCUUUUUGUAAUGUGUAUAUAUAUAAAUAAAGGCUUUAUAUCACUUUUAAAA